AUGAGCCCGGAGCGAGUUUUUGCCUUACUGGAGAGUUGCUCGAGCAUCUCAUUUCUUGACGGGACGACGAUCGCGCGAUGGCCGCGAGUGGCUGCAAAGGACGACUUCUCUCCCUUUUGGACUACAAAACGGAAAAAUACAUCGUGGCCGAGAAUAAAAAAGUUGGCAUUUUGUACAGACUCAUCCAGUUAUCUAUCAUCGGUUACAUUGUUGGGUGGGUUUUCUUGAGCAAGAAGGGCUACCAGGAGCAAGACGAGGCCAUCCAGAGCACCGUCAUGACCAAACUCAAGGGGGUCUCGGUGACCAACAGCACCGAUUCGGGCGUGCUGGUGUGGGGGCCGGAGGACUAUGUCAUCCCACCCCAGGGUGAAGCUGGUCUUUUUGUUAUCACCAAUUUCCUCGAGACGCCCAAUCAGAAGCUUGGAUACUGUGCUGAGAGCCCUAAAGUCCUGGAUGGAAAGUGUCAGGAGGACGAUGACUGUGAAGAAGGAAAACUAGUGGUGGCUGGUCACGGAAUUAUGAGUGGACGAUGCUUACGCUCACAUGAAAACUCCACUGGAACCUGUGAAAUCUUUGGCUGGUGUCCUGUUGAAAGAAAGUUUAAACCGCAAUCCCUGCUGACAAACGCAGAAAACUUCAGCAUCUACAUCAAGAAUUUCAUCCAAUUUCCCAAAUUCCAGUUUUCCAAGUCCAACAUUCUGGAGACUGCAGACGUGUCCUAUCUGAACUGCAGAUACGAUGAAAAACUCCAUCCAUACUGCCCCAUCUUUCGCCUGGGAGACAUCACCGCACGAGCAGGAUACAGCUUCGACGACAUGGCAACAUUUGGUGGCUCCAUCGGCAUCCAGAUCAGGUGGGACUGCGACCUUGACAAAGGUUACUCCGAGUGUCACCCACAGUACCGAUUCAGUCGCCAGGACAUCGCUGCCAACAACCAGACCGUCGCGAUGGGAUUUAACUUUAGACACGCUCGCUAUUACAAGAACGCCGCAGGCGAGAGUUACCGAUCCCUGUACAAAGUCUACGGAGUCCGGUUUAACAUCAUGGUGAACGGGAGGGCUGGAAUGUUCACUAUUGUCCCGACAGCCAUCAGUCUCGGUUCAGGUUUAGCUUUAAUGGGCGCAGGAGUGUUCUGCUGUGACAUGAUCCUUCUGUACAUCAUGAAGAACGGUACCGCUUAUCGGGAGAGGAAGUUUGAAGGAUCCAAGCAGUCAACAGCCGCUGGCAACCUCCGUGAAGUCAGACGGGAAAACUAGUCUGGCGUCUUAAUAGUUUAACUUUUGUAGAUUGUUGGCCUCACAGUUCUGAGGAUCAGGGUUCAAUCCCCGCCCUCCCUGCGUGGAGUUUGCAUGUUCUGCCCGUGCCUGCGUGGAUUUUACUCUCCGGGCACUCCGGUUUCCUCCCACAUCCCAAAAACAUGCAUUAAUUGGACACUCUAAAUUGUCCCUAGGUGAGUGCGACUGUUUGUCCCUAUUUGCCCUGCGAUUGGCUGGCGACCAGUUCAGGGUGUACCCUGGCUCCUGCCUGAUGGCAUGUGUGAUAGGCUCCAGUACUCCCCGCGACCCCUGUGAGGAUAAGCGGCAAAGAAAAUUGAUGGAUGGAAGGUAUCUGGAUGCCCUGUGGCACGAUGCUGCGUCUCGCAGGUCAGUGGUACUGCGACGGAGAUCUUUGGGCAUAGAGACUCGCGAUUGAUAGUUUGACAAUUUUUUUUAUAUUGCACUUCCAGGCCACGGUAUGUUGAUAAUCACACAUUCAGAGAUUUUCGCUUUGUGCAGGGGCGAAGCUACGUGGUGGCCAGGGGUGGCUGCGGUCAGACCGAAGGUCCAACAUUUCAUUUCAUGCAGCCCAAUAAAUAUUUUCGGGCAAUAACAUUGAAUAUGUGUGUACACUGCUUAAUCGAGAGAAACACAAUUUUUGAAAAUAGCAAUCUCGGCUUUCCUGUUAUUUUCCACUCCUUGCCAGGAGAUGUCACUCGAUCGGUCGCUUUGAGUCGCUCGAAGCGCUGCUUCCCUUUCUAUGUUGAGUCAGUACCUCCACUUUCUGCACAAAUAACCAAAUCACCGAUUAUUGCGGUCAGUUAUGGAUGGCAAACAAUGUAGUUUAACAAUUUAUUCCAAGUGUAAAAAAAAAAAAGCAGUUAAAAUCCAAGUGUCAAAGCUCGCCAACGACCACUGUUGAGUGUUGAGUUACAUAAGUAAAAAAUGUAAGUCAUUUCAAAUAAAAUUAGAAUAUUUAUCUUAUUUUUAUAAAUACAGGUUUUCAGUUAAGUUUUAGUGUGACAAAUAUUCAUUAUACAAAUAUCAUAAAAGGUAUAAAAGAAAUUCAAAUAAAUAAUAAAUUGAUGGCAAAAAUUUAAUUUAUGUCUCCAUGCCGCUUAUCCUCAUGAGGGUCACGCCUAUCCCAGCUGUCAACAGGCAGGAG